ACCACGCGAACUGCCGCUCACCGCUACGCGGUAAACACCGUUAAACACGACACUACUUUAUAAAAAAACUUGAAUAAAAACUCCACAACAAAUAGGCUGUAAGCAUGAAACUUCCUUUGCCCUAAAUCACAAUUGUCAAUCACGAGCGGGAAAAUAAAAAACAUGGUGGACUUUUUUUAUAAAUAAUUUAAAGUUUAUUUUUUGAAUAAAAUGUGAAUUUUUGAAAUAUUUAUUUAGUGUAUUUAUGUAAAUAUGGUGAUUUAUUGGAGGAAAGUGAUUUUGGCUGCAGCCUUGUCAUCUAUUUUGGAUGUUAGCAGCGAACAAUUUGGGAAUGAUGAUCACUCAAAACAACUACUAGAACAUUUAACAGAGUCUGAAAAAAUAUUCCUAUUCGGUGCCAACCCUAACGAAGCACAAUUCGAAGUAGCACAUCUCAAGCAGCCAAAACGUCGUAAGCGCUCACUCCUCUACGACGACCAAGACCUAGUCGGACUGAAGAAGCACCUAGACAUAAGGCUCACUCCUAGGAACAGCUUCCUAGAUCCUCAGUUCCUGCUGAUGAGAAGGUGGUCUAAUAGUACUGAGGCGGUAUUAGAUCAACAUAAUGAUGAAGAAGUGGAUGCUUGUUAUUAUAGAAGUGAUAAUGCUGCUCUUUAUGUUUGUGAUGAUGUGAGAGGUUUAGUCAAGUCUAAUGACACCUACUACUUUAUACACCCACUGCCAGACAGGUUUCAUGAUGACCAUGCAAAAGCACAUGUGAUUGUGAAAAAACAAAUAGACAACAAAAUCGAUAGUGAAGACGAAACAUGUCUAGAAAGAGAAAACUUAAUACCUAAUCAACCAGAACCUGUUAAAACAUGGAAGAAACACAGAAGAAAACGAGAAAUACCUUCAAGCUAUGUACAUAAUAAUUUAGAAGGAUUCAAAGUUAAUUUAGCACAUAGGAAUAAGACUAUUACAGACUUUAUUCAAAAACUAUCAGUAGGAUCGAAUAGGCAACGAAGAGCGAUUUUACCAGCAGUGUUCGUGGAAACUGCAGUAUUUGUAGAUAGAGAUUUAUACAAGCACAUGACUAUUAAUUUCCCAAAAGAUACAGAAAGAGAAUUGGUAAGAUUCGUACUGGCUAUGAUCAAUGCAGUACAAUUAAUUUACCAUGAUCCUUCUCUGGGAAGACCAGUGAACUUUAUACUGAAGAGACUGGAGAUAUUACACGAAGACCCAGCGAAUUUGAAAAGACCUCACGAUAUUGAUAGAUUUCUUAGUAAUUUUUGUACAUGGCAAAGACUGGAAAAUCCCCCGGGAGACAAUGAUCCUUUGCAUUGGGAUCAUGCAUUAAUAUUGACUGGAUUGGAUCUGUAUGUUGUCAACAAGAAUGGGAAAGUUAGCAGUCAAGUUGUGGGAUUAGCACCAGUAGCAGGAAUGUGCACGGUCACCAGUAGCUGUACAGUGAAUGAAGGAAGGCACUUCGAGAGCGUUUACGUAGUUGCACAUGAGAUCGGACACAACCUGGGUAUGCGUCACGAUGGACCACUAGCAGACAAUGGCUGUGAUCCUAGCGCCUAUAUCAUGAGCCCAACCCUCGGCAGCGGGAAGAUCACCUGGUCGCAAUGCAGCAAGAAUUAUUUGCAGAAGUUCUUGGACACAGUUCAAUCUCGAUGUCUACUGGACCAUGGAAACUCUGCAGGACAACUGGACCACAGCGCUGAAGGCAUUCUACCUGGAGAGAGAUUUGAUGCUGAUCAGCAAUGUAUGUUAAAAUAUGGAAGAGGAAGUCGACAUUCAGGGGCCCAAAGUUUGGAAGACAUCUGUCGAGAUCUACAUUGCCAACGCGAAAGAUACACAUGGACAUCACACCCUGCUCUGGAAGGAACGAGAUGUGGCGAGGAUAUGUACUGUCGCGGCGGUGAAUGCGUAGAACGUGAAGGGUCUACAAUCAUCCGCGGUUCCUGGGGUCGCUGGUCGGGCUGGUCGGAAUGUGCGUCAGCGUGUCUGGUGGAUGACACUCAUGCACCUGCAGCGGCUGGCGUUGCGGUCGCUACUAGGCGGUGCAAUAGACCACGACACGACAACGGCAAAAAUUACUGCGUAGGACAUGACAAGAAGUUCCAAUCAUGUCACGCACAACAGUGCAGCAACGUACCAAGGAUGACAGUCAGGGAAUUUGCUGAUCAGAUCUGUUUGAGAGCUCGAGAUGUUGAUCCUGACCUUAUUGGAACUGGCUUGCAGAGGAUCGAUUCCGAUGACGUGAGCAGCGCGUGCGCGGUGUGGUGCGACACGCGCGGCGGCGGCUACAAGUCGCGCGGCUGGAGCCUGCCCGACGGCACCGCAUGCUCUACUGUCUCGCCUAUGUUCUGCAUCAGCGGCGUCUGUCAGAAAUUCACCUGUUCGACCAACCCAGACACGGAGUUUUCUCUGAAACCAAGCGAAUGUGAAUGGGAAGCACUGAGGACUGCUACGCCGCAUACACCUCCAACAAAACAAUCAGGCACGUGGCGUCGAGCAGUGGGAUCACAGUGGACAGCAGCGAGUGGCUGCCACUACCACUGCGUGUCGGGCGGCGCGGGGCUCAGGCUGGUGAGAGCGCGGCGAGCCACCACUAUACAGCUGUGUGAACCGCUCGCUAGUGAAACUGGUUGCACUCAAAAGAAAUCACCAUACCAAUACGCGACCAUGGUCUGCACUAAGUACAAAGACAGAGUGAGGAGGUUAUCUGGAUUAGGCAUGCAGAUUUCACCAGCUUUAGAGGACCCAGACCGACCAUGCCGCAUCGCCUGUCAAGAUGAACGAGUGUCUCAUCGUUUCUACCUAGUCAACGGGCAAGAAGGCUGGUUCCCUCUUGGAACCUCUUGCGGGAAGAGGAACUCUUCGUAUUGUGUUAGCGGGAAAUGCUUGGAGUUCGGUCCCGACCACACACCACUCUCGGAGAUGGUGUUCACGCUCCCGCUGCUGAGCCGCGCCAGCAACAGCACGCGCGUCACGUGGCACACGCGAUCUUCCCGACAUAAGCGCAGUCUUAGAACUGACAGGAUCACUGUCAAGGCAACGUUGGAUCAAGCGCAUCUGGACGACAUUAUUGCGAGGUUGAAUUUGACACACAAUUUAAACGACCACAUAACGUACUUCGACUCGAUCCCGGAGCACAUCGAGGUGGACUUCAACAACCCCAUACACAUCGCGCCAGAAGACACGCUGCUCAGGAAACCACCGCGACCUACUUGGGACUGAUCUUAUUGACUAUUGAACUUAUGAGAUAUCUGUUGAAACUGAAGGAGGAACACUGGGCAUCAGGUUCUAAUGUAAAAAAUUGACAAAUCAAAGUAAAAAGAAAUGUUGUCAAUCCUAGUAAUUAGAGGCGUUUGUAAGGUGGCUAAAGUGUGAUUGGUUCAACUGGGCGCCAGGUUUAGAAGUUAUCGAAGUGUAAAACGGUGAGCGCCAGAAUUGUUAGUCGUUUCUACAACAAUGGAACAUGUUUGAAAGUUAAAGAACUGAUUUAACCAGAAGUACACUGCCUAACAACACUUAGAAGACGUACACAUAAAGUACAUGUAAAAUAGUUUUAUCAUCUCAGAUUUUUACCGUUAGUUAAAAAUCUAUAUUAAUUUUGGUAGAUUUCAAGAUCAAAAACCAUUUAUUUAUGUGGCUGAAAUGGCUUUUUGUACGUCCAAAGCCCGAGGCAUUAUUUUCUAUUCGUAUCGCACCAAACGUAACAUGUUUUGAACUGUGUUUUACCAAAAUAUGUUCGCCCUUUUUCUACGGUGCUACUACGAAUUUUUGGUGAACAAAAUGAGUUGUUGAGAACAAAAUAUUACAAUUAUUUAUAAGUCAUGUACAUAUUUCUCUAGAAUUGUGAUCAAUUUAGUAAUUUAUUUAUAGAGACUUUUAUACCUUUGUUGAUAAGUAGGUUUAAGUAAUAAAAAGUUAUUUUAUACAAGA